CUCAUAUAUAAUCUCCAGCUCCAGAAUACUUCUGCAGGAUAAACCACUAUGGACUUCCCUGAACAUUUUAGAUGUCCAAUUUCCAUGGAGCUUAUGAAGGACCCCGUUACAAUCUGUACCGGGGUCACCUACGACCGAAAAUUCAUCGAAAAAUGGCUCAUUACAUACAAGAAGAAGACAUGUCCGGCCACUAUGCAACCCGUUGAAAGUCUCGAAAUGACUCCAAAUCAUACACUCAAGAGGCUCAUCCAAGCAUGGCAAGAUGGUCGGAAAUCGAAAUCAUCAUCGUCUUCACCCUCGUCGUCGUCAUCAUCAUCACCGGCACGUAACACCAGACAUGAAGAGUUGGUUUCUCUACUCAGAACUAUUGAGUCAACUCCAUUCAAGGUUAGUCCUUUAAAAAAACUUAAGUCAAUGGUAGAGAUUCAUGGAGAUUAUGAUGAUGAAAUGAGGUUUGAUUUUAAGAAAUCGGGCGGUGUGGAAGUUGUUAUUAAAAUUCUUGUACAAAUUUUGGCUGAUAGUGGUUCGGAUUUCUCCUCAUUUCGCGCUUCUGAAGAAGCGAUCGGGGUACUGGAUCAGCUGGUCCAGUCACCCGAUCCUAAUGGCGAAGUAGAAAAAGAAGAGGAAGAGGAUCAUAGUACACUUGAGUUACUAAUGAAGCCCGAGUGUAUAAAAUCCUUCACAAUCAUGCUACAAAGGGGAAGCUCGGAAACCCGAUUUUCCAUCGUUUCCUUGUUCCAGAAAAUGGCAAAAGCCGAUCACCAUUGGAACCAUGCCAUAAUUAAAGGCCAAGGAAUAGAUUUCUUCAAAUCCCUUUUGGAAAUAGUUUCCGAUGAGAUGUCUGGAAAGGCUAGUUCAUGUGCAUUACAAGUUUUGAUCGAUGUGCUCGAUGCAUCCAAGAGGAGUCGAGUCAAAGCCAUCGAAGCCGGGGCAGUUUCUACCCUCAUUGAGCUUUUGCCGGAUUCAAACAAGUCCAAAUGUGAAAGGAUCAUGCUCUUGCUUAAGGUAUUAUGUGAAUGCGCUGAAGGAAGGCUGGCUUUCAUUGAACAUGGACUUGGAGUUGCGGCCGUUUCUAAGAAAAUGCUGAAAGUCUCAAGUGCUGCUACAAAAUUAGGGGUCAAGAUUUUGUGGCUGAUUUGUGGAUCCAAUCCAACAGAAAGGGUUUUGGAGGAAAUGUUGAUGUGUGGAACAGUGAAGAAGCUAGUGGUUUUGCUUCAUAUGGGUGGAUCAUCAUCGACAAAGAAUAGAAUUAUAAGGAUUUUCAAGGGCCAUAGUAAUUUUUGGAAGAAGUAUCCUUGUUUUCCAAGUGAUGUCAAGGAUUAUUUGGGCUUGGGGCAUGAUGUUUGCUAGUGCAGGGUUCAUCAUGUGUGAUUAUACAAAUGUAAAUUAAGCUGAAUUUUGUAAGUUUUUUGGGGGGUAUACAUAUUAUCAAAAAAUCAUCUUUUGAAUACUUAUGAAUUUCUAAUGUUUUCUCGAGUUAUCUUUGAUCCGC